AAUUAUUUGUAGAGCAGGCAAACAAUUGGGAUGCUCUAAAUUUUCCUAAUUUAAAGGAAAUUUAAGCGAUUUUGGAUAGUUAUCAGAAUACAUAUUAACAAUCUGCCAGUGUGCUUCAACUCUUCAAUCAAAGUUUGGCUGUAUCAACCGUGUUCUUCUAUCAAAUUCGACGUUUUUAGCGAGACGCCCUAUCCAGAAUCCCUAACCUCAACCAAUCGGAACAUCGGUCACCAUAAUGUCGCACACCAUUUUGUUGGUACAACCGGGUCAGCAUCCCGAAACCCGCACCUACAGCGAUUAUGAAAGUGUUAACGAGUGCAUGGAGGGUGUGUGCAAGAUCUAUGAGGAGCAGCUGAAAAGGCGCAACCCAAACACACCAACCAUCACCUACGACAUUAGCCAGCUUUUUGAUUUUGUCGAUCAGCUUAUAGAUCUUAGCUGUCUCGUGUACCAGAAAUCUACCAACACGUACGCACCAUACAACAAGGAAUGGAUAAAGGAGAAAAUUUACGUACUAUUGAAACAGGCGGCCGGCAACACCGCGUAACGAUGAUUCUAUUUCUGCAUUUCUGUUUUCACUUUUCUUUUGUUUUCAGUUUCUAAUAUGUCUUUUCUCAUAGCAUAUAAGUCAACCAUUAGUAACCUCGUAUAAGCAGAUGAAUAGCGUUUGAACUCUUUGUGGUCAGGCGUAGAUACAUUUCGGAAACCACCUAUCAAUUACGCGUGCAAACAAUUAAUCUUGAAACCGUUACAGUCAUUCUCACAUUUUCUAGCUGAAAUUAUCCCAGCUUUACUUUACGUUUUAUUCUUUCUACUACACAACUCAAGAUCCCUAGUCCCUAUUCAUGCUGCUUAAACAAAAUCUUCAACAGUUGAACAGUUUUGUAUCGUAACGUAAUUUUAGCUUUGCGUGUGUGGCCAUGCAUUUGGAUCGUGUGAGUUACAAAUUACACCAACUUGUUCGAAAACAAUACAAUAUAAAAAAAAUCAUGAAGUUUAAUUCAAUAUCUUUUCGUCAAAGCUUUUGGGAGCAUUAGCAAUUUUAAUUUACAAAAAUAUAGUGCGCAUAUAUCUACAUAUAUUCUAUAAAAAUAUGUUAAAUAGAACAUCAGAGCACUUUGAAUGUUUGUUGUACGGUCUAGAUGUUGUGAUGCCCGAUCCUUUCGUGUCACACCAGCGCCGGAACCACAUAUUGAUACUCCUAAAUGAGAAGAAAGCUUGAUUCCCAAAUGCAUGUAGAUAACAUUGAAUUAAAAAAGCAAAAUCGCUUACAACAUAUAUCAAUACCCUCUUAUAUUCCUCGUAGAACAACCUUUCAUCUACUCUACAAGUAAAGCAUGAUGCAAAUUUUCUUUCUGUUGAAAACCAUUUGUUUGAACAGCAUGAUUAGGUGAAUAGUACGAAUGAGCAUCAUUGGUAAUAUGCAUUUUGCAGAAACAAAAGCAAUAAUCGUAGUUGAUUUUUGUACUCUUAUACGAACAGUCUCUUGUAAAAAUAUAAAAGGAAAAAAUCAUGAAGUGCAUGUACAUGUGCUCAAAAACCUUUCUUCGUAGAUGAAUAAAUCUUGCUUUCUUUUUCACUUAACGAUUCUACUAGGUAUCAUGACUGCCAUAUAAUGAUGGCUUAUUAGAUUUAUUUUUACCAUGUAACAGGAACUAAGGAGGCGUUCCUACGGGAGCACAGUUCACGAACCUGUAGGGCUCGCUCCUAGAAUGUAAUAAUCGAAUAAAUCACUGUUCAGGAUUUCAAAGCAUUCUGUAAAAGUAUAUCGCAAAAAGAAUAGAAUGUAUUGUCAUCGUCAGGGAUAGUGUUAUUUGAGGAAAGAGACAAAUAAAAUCUGCUGUGCAUAAAAUA